AAAACCCCCUCCUCGCAAAGAAAAGAAAGCCCCCUUCCUGCCCUGCCCUGCCCUGCCUCUCCCCAAAGCCAAAGCCGCCCCCUUCCCAUCGAGCAGGCAACAGGCCCAACUCGCGCCGCCGCCUCCUCCGAUCUCCCCCUCCUCCUCUUCCGAUCCCCAGAGGGAGUCGCGACCCAAGACAAGAAGCAGAUCUCCCAUGGCGGCGCUGGGCUCGAAGCUGGCGCAGGUGCAGGCCAAGGCGUGCGAGGCGACGCGGUUCGCGGCCAGGCACGGCUGCGCCUACCACAAGACCCUGAUGGAGAAGAACAAGAAGUACGUCGUGGAGCCGCCCACCAUCCAGAAGUGCCAGGAGCUCUCCAAGCAGCUCUUCUACACCCGCCUCGCCAGCCUUCCUGGUCGCUAUGAAGCAUUCUGGAAAGAGCUUGACCAAGCAAAGCUCCUGUGGAGGAACCGGAAGGACCUGAACGUCGAGCAUGCUGGUGUCGCGGCACUGUUUGGGAUCGAGUUGUACGGAUGGUUCUGCGUGGGUGAGAUCGUCGGACGAGGGUUCACUCUCACGGGCUACAACGUCUGAGCGCCUAAGAUACCGCAUCCGUCAGUCCACGCUUGCUGAUAAAGACUCCUGUUAGCCAAUCAGUUUCUUGUGAUCUGAUGCGAAGUUUUGUUUUCUGAAAUAUCAUUGAUGCUGGUGAAUUACGUACAUCUGGGUAAAAACCGAUUUGGUGGGGUACAAUAAUUUGAUGAGACUUAGUUAAAAGCCUGGAAGAAAUGAUAUCGAUGCUGUGGUUGCCUUGCUUUUCCAUAUGGAUGAAUGUAUUGGAAACUUGCAUAUGAAAUCAGGGCACUGAUGCCUCUAGAGAAAUUCGAGCUCUCUUUUUCAUUA